AUGGACACGAAAGACGUCAAGUGCGGCGAGACCGACUAUAUCGAAGAGUUCCAAGAUACCUCGGACAUUCAGUUCGAAGCCGGCGAGGAGAAGAAACUCGUUCGGAAGAUCGAUCUCUUCCUCAUGCCAACGAUAUGGCUCAUGUACCUUCUGUCAUACAUGGAUCGAACCAACAUCGGCAAUGCAAAGAUUGCUGGCAUGAACAAGGAUCUCGGCCUCAGCGACAGCCAAUACUCAAUGGCGCUAGUGAUCUUCUUCAUCAGCUAUGUCUUCUUCGAGGUGCCCUCGAACAUGAUUCUGGCAAAGACUAGGCCCUCAAUCUUCUUGCCCACUAUUAUGGCGCUCUGGGGCAUUGUGACCUGCUGCAUGGCUGUGAUCCACGAUUACUCGCACCUACUCGCAUUGAGGUUCGUCGUCGGCGUGUUGGAAAGCGGCUUUGCUCCCGGUAUCCUUCUCAUCAUCUCUUCCUGGUACAAGAAAGAGGAACAAUCAAAGCGUUUCGCAGUAUAUAUAUCUGCCGCAGUUCUUUCUGGAGCCUUCGGUGGUAUCUUAGCUGGCAGCAUCACCCGUAAUCUCGACGGCGCGCAUGGAAUAGAAGGAUGGAGAUGGCUCUUCAUCGUCGAAGGUGCCGCCACUGUUGGCUGGGCAAUCUGCGCGCAUUUCCUACUGCUCGACUUCCCGAGUCAAACUAGUAAAAGGUUCACCGAGCGCGAACUGCUACUAGCAAAUCAACGACUAGCCUUGGACAACACCUCUCCCUCGAACGCAGAAGGUCACAGGCCCAAGAUUUCCAGCUUCAAGGCUCUGAUCAAGGCAGUCUCCGACUGGCGUACCUGGAUUAUGGUUGCUGGUUACAUGGUUAUUGUCGGAUCGUCGACUCUGAGUUACUUCUACCCGACCUUGGUGCAAGGACUCGGCUACACGAGCGUGAAGGCUCAAUACAUGGUUGUACCAAUCUACGCCGUCUCAUUCGUCGCUGUUGUCUGUUCUGGCAUCAUCAUGGACCGAUACCACCAAUACCGUGGUUUCGCCAUUGCAGGUUGGCUCUCGUUAUCCACCAUCUGCGCCAUUGUCGUGUGCGUGGUUUACAACUUCACAGCACGCUACGUGCUCCUCAUCUUCUUGGCUAGUGGCUUGUGGGCGAGCAAUGCUCUCGGUCUGUCUUAUGCUAGUAGUACAUUUUGCGACAUGGAGCAGGAGACCAAGGGUGUUGCUCUUGCCCUCGUCAACGCGCUCGGCAACCUUGCCUCCAUAUACGGCGCCUAUUUGUUCCCUCAUGUCGACGCGCCUAAGUAUCUCAAGGGCUUUGGUGUGGUCUCGGGGAUGUGUGGUCUUGGUGUUAUGAUCUACAUUGCUGCGCAUAUUCUACUGAAGAAGAGGUAG